GUUUAGCACUAAUAACUUCAACGGUGCACGCCAGCCUAGCCUCAACCAUCUUUGAAAAAUCGAAGUCUUCGCUAACACUUUCCUCUUUUUUUUCUCCUCUCCUCUCAUACAACUACGCGCCAUUUCGAAAUACAUUCUCUCUCCCUGCUAACAAUGAAAAAUCCGCACUCGGUCUACGGCUACCGGAACACUGAGUCCGUUACAAGUUCAAUGCCCGACGGCUUCCGUUAUUCACCGACUUCCUCAUAUUCUGACGUCUCCACUGUCAGGAAGGGGAACCCGCUGGUGGUCGCUGCGAAAUCGGUGGCUGGUUUAUUCGUUGCCUGCUUUACACCGCCUGAGACCACCGACUCCAAGAAUUUCGGCGACUCUGAAGAGUUCAAACCUCCCUCUGUUGUAUCAACGGGAUCCAACAGAGACAGAAGGCGAACUUCAGGUCGAGGUAUCUAUGGCAGUCCACAGAAUUCCACUCAUGGAAGAGAACCAGGGAGUGUAAGAUUCACCAUGGAGGAAAUCUACAAAGCUACAAGGAACUUUUCCCCAUCCUUCAAGAUUGGACAAGGUGGCUAUGGGACAGUAUACAAGGGGAGACUUGAAGAUGGAACCCUUGUUGCAAUCAAACGUGCCAAGAAGAUUAUAUACGAUAAGCAUUUAGGUGUAGAAUUUCAGAGUGAGAUUCGAACGCUUGCACAAGUGGAGCACUUGAAUCUAGUAAAGUUCUAUGGAUUUUUGCAAAAUGAACAAGAAAGAAUUGUUGUCGUGGAGUAUGUUCCUAAUGGAACGCUCAGGGAACACUUGGAUUGCGUGCAUGGACACGUUCUUGAGCUUGCUGUGCGCCUAGAUAUUGCAAUUGAUGUGGCUCAUGCAGUUACCUAUCUUCACAUGUACACAGAUCACCCGAUUAUUCACAGGGACAUAAAGUCAUCCAACAUUCUCCUCACUGAAAAAUUUAGAGCCAAGGUAGCUGAUUUUGGUUUUGCUAGAAUGGGAGCAGACACUGAUUCAGGUGCCACCCAUGUGUCCACUCAAGUUAAAGGAACAGCUGGCUACUUGGAUCCAGAAUACCUGAAGACUUAUCAACUGACCGAGAAGAGUGAUGUUUAUUCAUUUGGUGUGUUACUUGUUGAACUAGUAACUGGUAGGCGGCCUAUUGAACCAAAAAGGGAACUUAGGGAGCGGAUAACUGCAAGAUGGGCUAUGAAGAAAUUUGCUGAGGGAGAUGCAAUUUCAACCUUGGACCCAAGGCUGGAACGUACUGACGUAACCAAUUUGCUCCUUGAGAAGAUUCUUGAAUUAGCCUUGCAGUGUUUGGCCCCACGCAGACAAAGCCGACCGGGCAUGAAGAAAUGUGGGGAGAUUCUAUGGGGCAUUCGUAAGGAUUGCAGAGAACUAUCAGCUUUAGAUUUUCGUUCACUUUCCUCAAAUUCAAGAAGCUCUUCAUUGAGGAAAGAAUAAGAAGUGUCUAGAUGAGAUCUAGAACCCAAAUUGCAAAUUGCGAAGUUAUAGCUUAAUGGGUAGAAAUGAAAGCCAAAGCCAUUUGCUUUUUAAUAGAUGCAACUGAUUCAAGAAUAUUUGUACUGGUUCAGGAUAGAAAGAAGCCAAAAAAAAAAAUUCAUGCUCUAGCAAAUGCAAGAUCAUAGAAGGGAAUAUGGUCGUGAAAUUGGGUUGUAUGUAGAAAUUUGCUUCGAGUGAAGCUCCUUGCUUCUAACCAAUUCUGUGCCCAUUAAAUUUUCAUCUUUGAUUCUUUUUCCUGUCAUCUUGUAGAGCAUCAUGUGAAACGACGUUUGUACUUGUGCGUAUUGAACUAAUAUUUCUUAUUUCCAAUUUUCCACCCCUAAUCAUUCGACUUAGUGCAAUAUAUUUCCUUUCUUUUUCA